CCUUCCUUCCUUCCUUCCUUCCUUCCUUCCUUCCUUCCUUCCUUCCUUCCUUCCUUCCUUCCUUCCUUCCUUCGUAACCCAGGGGCUUUGCACUGACUGAAAGUGCUUUUGAUCUUUUGCAGGAAAUACCCCUGCAGAGGAAGGUAAGUUUGUACAAUCUCUGUGCAGAUGUGUGCUAACAAAAUAAUGUGCAGUCAAUGUUUCUAAUAUCGACACCUCGCAGCUCAGAAAGAUGUUGGAGGGGCAAAAAGGAAUCUUGUGCAGCACCUAGGCAGACAGGCGCAUCAACCAGCCAGACUUUUAAUCCUUUCUUUCUGAGUAUUCCUCCCAAGUCCACCUCAACAACUCCCUUCUAUCAUCAGAAAGUCUGGGAAGAAAACACUCUAACUCAAAUGCAGUGUCAAAAAGCAGGCAUUCCUUUUAAUUCAGGACACAUACCGGGCAACUUGGCAGAUAAAGCAUGCUUGAAACUCUUGGAGUUCAGGUUCAACAUUUAAACAGUAAAGACAUGCAACAUUUUUACCAGAAAUGAUGUACAUAUUCAUUAUUUUUUCAAGAGCUUUUUAAUGUAUGCUGGUGUCUCUUUGGGCAUACGUGGUGCAUCUCAUGGUGCUGUAUGACCACCUACUUCCUUAUUUCCGCUUUAGAUUCUUCACAGUGAAUUUUGGACUACCUUCAGCUUUUUUCCCCCAUUUGGCAAAUUUCCAGUUUGUUGCGCCAUAAUGAACAACUUUUUAUCUUGCUACACCAUAACUCAAAACAAAUUUACAUGAAACACCCGGUGGAUACAAGGGAGCUCCCAGUACAUACUAUUGGGAUAGAUAAAAAGUGGUCGUUGUGGCUUCAGUGAAGCAAGGAUCACGCAAAACAAUUCACAUACCAAGCAAAGCUAAACUGGAAAAUCUUAGAACAAGCACACAUGAAGUCCUUUUGGCAAACUAAUUUAUCUGUUCUUAAACAAAUGUGUGUAGUUUGGUUGGUUUUCUUUUUUGCUAAACAAGCCUAAAUGAAAGGGGAAAAAAAUCCUGUAAAAAUGUCCUAGAAGAGAAGGAAUUCAGACAAAACACCAUUGUAGACAACUCAGGAGGACAUUGCUGGCUUCUGGGUUCAUUCUACAGGCAGAAUCUUCCCUUUCUCCCCUUUAGGGACACAUCUCAGGUGAGACAGCACUUGGCUGUACAGAGUACUUCCCCAUGAAACUUAGAAAUCCCUAUAGAGUAAUUCCCUUUUUCUUUUCCUUUCACAUUCUUGGUUCCUGCACAUGUGCUGCUGACACUGUAAUUAUCACAGGUGAUCCAAACGAAUCUGUGAUCUGUUGCUGAAAUAAACAGCAUGAUUCGUUACACUAGCCAUGAGAGCUCUCAUGGAAUAGAACAAGGCUCCUUAAGAGUGGCCAUGUGAGUCCACUCAGACACGACUGGACUUACAGCACAGACUUGAAUAACUACCCCUUAAUGCAAAAGUGGGUUGCCUGAGUCCAUUACACAGUUGAAUGGUUUUAAUUAAAAGUCUGAAUAAACAAGUCAAAGACCAGGAAGAAUAGCCAAGUAAUCUGGACAUGAUAAUGACUCGCCAGAAUUAUUUUCCAGCUGCAAACCCUUCCUUCCCCACAAGGAUGGGACUAUGAAGGGGCUGCUCAAGCAAUCAGGUUCACAUGCGUUGUCCUCAACAUCUGGAGCGCCUGACUCUUGGAGGUUGAGGAGUCAGCAUUCAUUGUUUGCAGUAGGGGGAACUGGAGGAGAAAACAAAAAUGAUCCAGUGAGCCUCUGGGACCUCUAUCUUCAGGGGAAGAUUGGUCAAAUUACUUCAGGGUUUCAAAGCUUUUAACAUUUCCCCCAAAGAAAGCAAGCAACAGACAUGUAGGAGCCCACAGGUACAGGCCCUUGGAGCUGUCAUGGACAUGAAGUCUCUCAUGGGCAAAUCCAGGUGACUCUCUCACUCUUCACAUGGUUUCUUUUACUUUUCCAUUUCUCCAUCCAUUCUCUUAAUAGUUGUAAUACCUUACAACAACACAAUUCUGCAACUCCUUUUCUCAGUAUUUCCAAUUGUCUCAUCCAAACCUUGUUUCAUUUUAUCCAGUGAAGGCUUAUGCCAUUGACUUCAGCUCAUUCAGGCUUAUUCCUGUGACUCCAGCUCAGCUGCCUGAUCUCUAAGAUCAUGGCAUUGCCAUUUCAGGAGAAUUUGGACGGAGAAGUGCACCAUUUUCCUGUCUUUUCUCCUGUCUGCUUACCUGCUUUGUCCUGAGCUCUCCAGGAAGCUGCAGAAGGAAAAGAGACAGAAGGGUUUUGUGAAUCUCAUGCACAGUUGGGUAAUUGUAAGCCUGUCUUCUGCUUCCUUCUGAUGUGCAGUUAUUGCCAUCACUGUGAUUUUAUCCAUGGCGUGAUGUUACCUAAAGCAGCAGUACAUAUUCCAAGAAAACAAAGAUUUUAAACCACUUACCCAACUCAGUUUCUAGUGCAUCUGAAAGAAGAAGAUAUUGUCAUUAUUUUGGAACAUAUUCUAGUUACUAACACCAGUAAUCAUUGUAGAGAGUCUUCUCAGUUUUACUUUUCGACUCUGGACAAACCCAGACCUCAACACAAGCCCUCAACACAAGCCCAGUCAUGAGAAAAGUUUCAGGAAACUCUCUUUCAAGCGAAUUUUCAGCAAAUAAAUGAGCAUUUCAGAGACUUUAAGGAAGACUCUGCUAGCUGGUAGCUUCUGAUGUAGAACUAUAAUCAUAGAUUAGAGUUAUGCCUCAUCCAUUCUUAAGAAAGAAGAUUGUGUUCAUACUUACAUUAAAGUAUCAGAAAGAGAGAAGCUUAAACAACCUUUAGCAAAUUGUUUAAAAUGCUGCAUGCAGAAUUCCAAAAUGUACUCCCACUUAUCUAGACGAGAAAGAAGCCAUUUUAAUCCAGGGCUGAAACCAUUCCCUGGGGAAUGUAAAGGGCAAACAGCCACCUCGAUACUCAUGCAGACCUCACAUUUGUGAGCACACAGCAUUGUUUCAACCAGGCUUUCAUUCCUUACCUGAAUGGCAUGAACCAAAUGAUCCAUUUUAAAUACAGCUUGUAUUGCAGAACUGAAGAAUCUUUGUCACUUUGCAGUUGUCUUGCAUUCCCUGAACACAAGUGCUUUCAUUUUCCCUACUUAUACAGAUAGUGGACUUCAGUGGCUUGCUCACUGAAGUUGACAAAUAUGAAAGACUGAACUUCAACCCUAGGAAAUUACUGCCCUUUGGUCCAAAGGAUUGCAGGAGAUACCUGAAGGUUUGAUUUUCCUACACACCUGGGUCCAACGUGCAGCAACACGUUUGUGUUUCAACCACUUUCAUACCUUUGCAGAACAAUUCAUAUGCUAUUAUGAUUUUCUGGCAAUUACUGCAUUAAAAUGGAAAACAGCAUCAACAGGAGACAGAGAAACCAGAAUCAGUAGUUGCCUAAGUCCGUUAUCCUUGAGAAUGAUUUGUAAUCAGAAAUAUGAAUAUAGAAGUCAGAGACCAAGUAGGAAAUUGAAGUAAGCUAGAAACGCAAUGAUUUAAUUACACCAGAUUUAUUCAAAUCCUGGUUGUAGCCCUGCCUCAUUAAUUCCCUUGUGAUAGCAGAAAUCCUUGACCUUCCCUGGGAACAACUCUUUUCAUAGACCUUACAGAAAUUUUUUGUUUCUGAACUCUACCGCUAGAUCUGAUUUGGUUAAAAACGAUCAGAGUAGCUUAAAAAGCCAGAAAGGUGAAGGAGACUGGAACGCUUUAUGUUCAGAAUCCUGAUUUCCACAGCCAUGCUUUUGCUUAAGGAAUAAAUGCAUAAAUAAAUAAAUGAAAGCAAACAAACCAACAGAAAAAAGAAAACAAAAAAAAAAUCCAGUAAAAUCAGAAUCACCGAAGUCCAAAAAUGAGUAAACUUCCAAUGUGGUUGUUUUCAGAUCUUGAAUGGAACAUAAAAAGUAUUACAUGAGAAAACACACUUCCAAGAUCUAGGCAUGUCAACAAAGAGAGCUCAACAUUCAAAUAUGUGAUAGGAAAAACAAAAUAAAACAUACUAAUAACAAUAUACCUAACAAUCUGUUCAUUAUAUACUUGUAAGUCUUAUUGCAGCGCUUUCUGGCUAAAUGCUGGUUGAAGAGAGAGCUGGUUUGCACAGGGGAAUGAGGAGGAAUAUCUCUACCUUGUUUGCCCCAGUGUAUGGAAAUGGAUCGGGAGGCAAGAUGAUAUUUUUGUCUUUCAGCAUGAAUUCUGACAUUUACAUUUUUCCCAAUCAGUCUGGUCAAGCCUCUCUAUCCUAUUGGACGUCAAAAAUGCAAUCACAAGUUUCCCUGGUAAUAAAGAUAUAAGGACAAAGGUUCAAAACUACCAUAUCCCUUACAUAAGUCUUAAGGUUCGUUCUAUUCAGGUAAGAAAUUAUAUUUUUUCUACAACCAUAAGGAAAAUCUCCUGCAUUUACAAUGAUACUGGAAUUAAUUGCUGUAGAUUUAAUGGAAUGCACUGACAGACAUGAACCUGCUUGCUGUAGCUGCAUUGUUAUUCGGGUGGGAAUGCCUCCCUCUGACUUGAUUUUUAUCAGUUACUGGAAAUGUGAGAAAAAGAAAACCACACAGAAAGGUGGAGGAGAGCAGGAAAUGUUUUGUCUCCAAUUAGUGAGAUUUAAAGACAUGACACCACUUAAUCUUUACUGAGUACAUGAUGAGUGUGGAUUAGUUCAGCAAUGACUUUGAAAACCAAGUUCUUUGCAGGAAGUUGGAAAGAGUUACCUUUGUUAAAUCACAAGUUUCUCCUUAAAAUGCUCAUGGAAGUCAACGGGGAGAUUGGUAUAGGAACACUUUGCUUAGGAAGUUAUCCAUGAAGGUGGUUCCGUUUUGUUUUGUUUUUCAUUAAGAGAGAAAGAAGAGAAAGAGCUUUUUGCUACAAACAAAAGAUAAAAUAAUGUUAACUUCUCACUGAUUGAAAAUAUAGCCAAGGAAGGUAAUGGAGUUUCUGGAAGACAAAGGUAAGCAUGGACAACUGAACAGAGCAGACAAAGAUCAUAUUGCUUUUGAAUGAUUUACAAUAGGUAGCUAAAUUUGAUAGAUCUGUUAAGACAGAUGCUCUGCAAGUGUCAUUGCCUUUGACUGCAUGCAACACAAUGUCUUCAUCUUUGUUCAUACUUUUCCUCAUUAUAUUACAUGUGCAUUUAUGCCUGUUAUUUUACACUGAACACACGCAGAGACCAAAGGAGUCCCACAGGAAUUUCACCUGGAAGAUUUACUUUCGGUCGUGUUGAUGAUUAAGAAACCUGGAUAAUGUUGGGUUUCCCGUCUUGGAUGUUGACACCUUUUCAAGUUCUGGCUUUUCAACACUUAUCAUGCUUGAUUACAGGUCAGUUUAUUAGCUCUUCUCGUCGUAGUUCCAUCACUGGAGUCAUUGGAGAAGGGGUCAUUUUGCCUUGUUAUGUGGUAGCAGAGAACAUUCCUGAGAUAUUCUCUGUCCAGUGGAUAUUUAAUGGACAGUCUGAAAAAAUAACAGUGAGCACAUACCAUGGAAAAAAUAAAAAUGAAAAGCAAGAUGAGAGAUAUCAGGGCAGAAUAGAACUCUUCCACAGUGAAUUUAAAACUGGAAACAUGUCUCUGCAUUUGAAGAAUAUCAGAAGUUCUGACAAAGGAUUGUAUACCUGUGUGGUCUCUUUCAAUGAUGAGCACCAUGAUGAGCUGAUCGAACUGCAAGUAGCAGCUAAAGGUGGUGUGCCUUCCAUUUUCCUGAGGAGUCCCAGGAAAGAGGGCAUUGGCCUCACCUGCCAUGCAGAUGGGUGGUUUCCUAAACCUGAAGUGAUUUGGUUGGAUGGCCAAGGACAGAUCAGGAAGGAACUAUCAACCACAAAAGUUUUGAUGAUGCCUUCAGGCCUGUACAGUGUCCUGAGUUCCAUGAACCUAAUACCAGGAUCUGACAUGGAAGUCUCCUGCAGGGUAGUUAACAAUGUCCUGAAGACAAUGAGCGAAUCCCGAGUGCUGAUUUCAGAUAUUUUCUUCCCCUCCAUUUCAAAAUGGCCGGUUGCCUACCUGGUAAUUUUAUGUGCCAUCGCAGUCCUAAUUUGUGUUGUAUUUUUUAAGCUAAAACGUAACCACAGGAAAACAAUUAAUGCAGUACAAUUGAAGAAAACGAUGGAAGAAGAACAUGAACAACUGAAGUUGAUGUUAGAACAAGAGAAAGCCAAAAAUCGAAGAGAAAAAUCCAAACUCAAAGGCCGCUUUGGUAAACUGAAAGCUGAGCUGGAUUUCUGGGAAGCCCAGAGCUAUGCAGUUCCCAUUACUGUGAAUCCUGAAUGCCAACUCCUUGAGAUCCAAGUGCCAGGAGCUCCAAGUGUUGAGGACAUUGCAUGUGAACCUGCUGACCUGAGCAGCCCCUCCACAAUCCCUGUCCUGGUGGCAAAGGAAGGGUUUGCAUCUGGGAAACACUACUGGGAAGUGGAUGUGGGCCAGCAGCAGGACUGGAUGCUGGGGGUCAUAAGGCAGAAAGGGAAACGAGAAGAGCAAGAGACACUUGGUAGGGAGGACUACUGGGCUCUGCAGAAAUCCAGGGGAGACAUUUUCUCUAUCAAGGGAAACAUCAGUUUUGAGAAGGAGGAGAUGAAUGACUCAGUGAUUGGUGUGCUUCUGGACUUGGAGGAAGCACAGAUAAACUUUUACGAAGCUCAUCAGAUGUCCACCAUGGUAAAAAUAUCUAUAAGUCUCGGAAAGGAACCUACAGAAAUGUUUUUCCCAUUUUUAUCCAAAGGAGGAGAGGCAGACGCACCUGUUAUCCACCCAGUAUUAACCCCCGUGCCUUUGGAGCCACUGUAA